CCAAUAUUAGAAAUAAUGCAUUUGCGACAACAACUUUACAACACGUACCCACAGGUUCACUUCCGGCAUCUUUACCUGCAUUGAACCCGAGAAUUUGGAAUUGUCUAGGGUUAUCACAAACAUCGUAAAGAAUGGCAGACGUGAAGAAGCUGGUGUAUUCCAUCCUGAAGUUCCUGGAGGACCAGAAGACGGCCGGGUCUUUGAGUGAUGACGCUGUGGAGAGCGUGGAGGUUUCAAUCCAGUGUCUUGAGUCCGCCUACAACCUCAACACUCGCAGUCAGGACAUGGCUGCCAAAUACAGUGUCAGCAAAAACCUCCUAGACAUCUUCAAUUCCCAACUGAAGUGUGAGCCUGACUCUGACUUUGCCAGCAUGUCGUUGCAUGAACCAACUCCACAGGAAAAGGAAGAGGCAGAGAGAUUGAAAAACAAGGGUAAUGAUUUCAUGAAGACGGAAAAGUUCUCUGACGCACUGGAGUGCUAUUCAAAGGCUAUCAAGAUUGACUGCAAAAAUGCUGUAUAUUUUUGUAACAGAGCCGCAGCAUACAGUAAACUUGACAAGCACCAGCUUGCCAUAGAGGACUGUAACCGGGCUCUCAAUAUAGACCCAGGAUAUAGCAAAGCCUAUGGAAGACUAGGAAUCGCCUACACAGCACUGAAUGACCAUGAAGGAGCCCGCGAAUGCUACCGGAAGGCUCUGGAGCUGGACCCUGACAAUCAGAGUUACCAAAAUAACCUGGAGAUCGCUGAGACCAAACUCAAGGAGGCCGCUGUCGGGAGUGGAUUUGGAGCUGGUCCAGCUGGAGGUCUAGGCAUGGACCUCGGGAGUAUGCUAAACAACCCUUCACUAGUCAAUAUGGCAGCGUCCCUGAUGUCCAAUCCACAGAUGCAGCAGAUGAUGGCUGGGAUGUUGUCCGGGGGUGGAGCCGGCCGUGAACCUCCCAUGGGCGGUCAGGGAGGUCAGGCACCGGGGCCAGUGCCAGGGCCAGGGUCAGGGCCAGGGCAAGAACAGGGUCUGUCGUCUUUACUACAGGCGGGCCAGGCGCUAGCGUCACAGAUGCAGCAGCAGAAUCCAGAGUUGGUGGCCCAGCUCCGCGCUCAGAUGAACCAGCAGCAGCAGCCAUCACAGAACACGUACUCAGAUCCUUCAGAUCCAAAAUGACGGCAUUUUCUUGUCCCAUAUUGGUUGCAAGAGUUGAAUCCUGAGAUCAUCAUCCAUCACAUUACUCAACCAUUGAUUACCAUGUCCAUAAGGCUGUGUGUGCGUUACGACAGUUAUACAGCCCAUCACACACACAGCCAGCCAGCCAGCCAGCCAGCACUGCAGUCCACCGUAUACACCCCUACUGCAGGAGCAGCAGCCCAGUGUAUUCAGCUUAUGUCAUAUCCCUGUCGACACCCUCGGCUGCUUGUAUGGAUCGAAAUGAUGGCAUCGCUUUGGCUGCCUGUAAUUUGUGUAAUGUCGAGUGAUGUGGACAUUUGGAUGCGCUUUUAGUUGCAAAAUACAUACCACGGAAAUUUGAGUGUAAAUAGCAUUUAGUUUGAUAACAUGUUGUUAAUACAAGCCAUGUUUUGCCUUGGUUUGCUAACUAAGUCUUGUUUUGAUACUAUUGUGGAUCCCUGUGAAAACCCCACAAAAGUUCGCCUUGGUUUGUCAAAAUGGAUAAUGAUAAUAUUGCUGAAAUGAUCCACUUGUACGGUCCACCUAAUCUCAAUGAUGACAGUGUCAGUACUAUUUAUUUCAGUUUUCUAGGUACUGACCUAAUUGUUAUCUCUUGUUAAUGUGAAUCCCAUCAUUAGUUUUAUUAAAGAUACACCUCUUCAAAAAGUGAUGUUUUUCUAAAUGUUAAUAUUUGUUUCCUCUCUUAUGUAAAAAUAAAAGUAGAUUUGUGCGAUAUAUGUCUGAAAUUUGUAUAUUGUUAGCAUACAGUACAAACCACUGGGACAUCACUGUUUGUAACACUAGUCAACCUAUCAAAAACAUCCUUGUCUUGUAAGUUGGUGAAUAGCUGUUGCCAUGGUAACAUCAUGCAUAUACGCAUACAUAGUAUGUAUCACAUUGUGGUGUUUGUAUAUUUGUGAAUAAAGCAUUGAUAAUGACCAGAUA